AUAUACAAUUCUUAGGACACGAAAUCAGCAGCGAGGGCAUCAAACCUUUACCUGACAAGAUGGCCAGAAGCGAUUCCACUUCCCAACAUGAACGCACAAACUGUGGCUGCAGCAUUUCUCGACGGUUGGGUGGCACGUUUCGGCACGCCCGCCAUCAUUACCACUGACCAGGGUAAACAAUUCGAGGCCAGCCUGUUUCAAGCGCUUUCGAAAUUUCUCGGCAGCAUAAAGACCAGAACAUCUCCUUAUCAUCCAGCAUCCAACGGCAUCGUUGAGAGGUGGCACCGCACAUUGAAAACAGCUAUAACUUGCCACGAGGAUGGAAGACAAUGGUUGGAUCUGUUACCUACUGUACUCCUCGGCCUGCGCACAAGCCUGAAAGAGGAUUUGAAGUGUUCUCCUGCUGAGCUAGUCUACGGUGUACCAUUACGAAUUCCCGGAGAAUUCCUUGAGAACUUAGACCCCACAGAAGACUCAGAGACCUUCAUCAUAGCCCUUCGCAAACGCAUGCGUCAACUCUGUCCACAACCAACACAACAUCACGGAAGGCGAACACCCUUCAGACAACAACAAUUAGAGCAGGCCACUCAUGUUUUCGUCAGGGUAGACGGCAUCCGAAAACCACUCCAACAUCCUUACACUGGACCUCAUGAAGUGAUCCGUAGGGAAAGUGAGCACGUGUAUGUAAUACAUAUCAACGGCCGGGAGGUCGCUACAUCUACAGAGAGACUAAAACCCGCUUUUCUACCCGAUCCAGAGAGAACAGUUACACCACCACACAGGAAGCAACACAGAGCGCAGCAAUAUCACCUAAUACUUCAGAAGUUUGUAGUAAACCUAAAAAGAAG